AUGCUGCUGAUCUGUUUACAUGUGAUAGUCCGAAACACUUCCGGAGAAAGAGAGAGAAGAGAGACCCAAAGAAAACUAUUCCGGAGAAUGGCGACGGCGAUUGUACGUUCAGCACUUUCCCGAGCAGCGAUCAGCGCAGCUCCGAGGACAUCCGUCGCUCCUAAGCGUAGCUUUUCCGCUUCCGCUGGCCAUGACGAUGCUUACGAAGCAGCCAAGUGGGAGAAGAUAACAUAUCUGGGUAUUGCUAGUUGCACUGCUCUUGCCGCCUAUGUUUUAUCCAAGGGCCAUCAUCACGGUGAAGACCCUCCUGCUUACCCGUAUAUGCACAUCCGCAACAAGGAGUUUCCAUGGGGUAUGUGUGCCUUUCCCGUUUUCAAUCUUUCGUCUUACUGUUUUGCAUUGCAUGAUAUGCAACUUUGCUAG